AUGGGCUCGACUCACAUAGCUGUCGAUCAGAAAGUCUCUGCUGAGGCGGAAAAGUCUCGCGAUGAAGAGACACCACCUGCUUCGUCGGAUUCCAAGUCCCCAGUGGAAAAGGAGAUUGGAGAAGUAACGUACGACACCGGUCUCUUCUCAUGGUUGCAGGUGCUGGGGUCCUUCUUUUUGUUCUUCAACUCAUGGGGGGUCAUCAACACCUGGGGGGCAUACCAGACAUACUAUGAGCAGAACUUGCUCGCCGGCACUUCAUCGUCGACGAUCGCCUGGAUAGGAUCGCUUCAGAGCUUUCUGCUCAUGAUGAUUGGGGUCAUCACGGGACCUCUAUUUGAUGCCGGAUAUUUCCGAGGCUUACUCUGCUUCGCAAAUGUUCUGCUUCCGUUCGGCUUCAUGAUGACCAGUAUAUCCACCCAAUAUUGGCAUCUGAUUCUUGCGCAGGGACUUUGCGUGGGUGUCGGAGCAGGGUGCCUCUUUGUUCCCUCGGUAGCGAUCUUGCCUCAGUAUUUCCGUGCAAAGAGAGGCUUGGCGAAUGGACUUGCUGCCAGUGGCAGCAGUAUCGGCGGGGUUGUGUACCCGAUCAUGUUCCAUCAAUUGCAAAAGAGUGUUGGGUUCGCCUGGGCAACGAGAGCCGUUGGCUUUCUCUGUUUUGGAUCCAUCAUGAUCUCGGUGGUGAUCAUGCGCAUCCGAUUUCCGCCCAAAGACAAACGAAAGCUGUACCAGUUCUCCGCCUUCAAGGAGCCUUCGUACUGUUUGUUUGUCGGGGCGAUGUUCAUCGGGUUCCUGGGGUUCUACAACUUCCUCUUCUAUGUACAGUCGUACGCUAUUGAUACCGGCGUCGUGGACGAGCAACUGGGCUUCUAUCUGCUUUCUAUGUUGAAUGCAGGCUCCACGUUUGGUCGUGUCGGACCGAACUUUGUCGCAGAUCACCUGGGUCCCCUCAACAUGCUGACACCGGCCGUCACCAUCACUGCGAUUCUGGCGUUUGUGUGGAUCGGCGUCCAUACCCUAGGUGGCAUUAUUGCACUGGCCGUGCUAUACGGAUUCUUCUCCGGUGGAUUCGUGUCUCUGCCCCCAGUCGUCAUGGCCAGCAUGACGCCCGACAUUCGCGAUCUGGGAACCCGCCUGGGCAUGGUCUUCGCUGUCACUUCCAUCGGACUGCUGGUCGGUACCCCGAUCGGUGGAGCGAUCAUGUCUACCACGCAUGAAUAUCUGGGUGUCCAGCUUUUCACCGCUUGCUGCCUGGUUGUAUCGGCUGGAUUGAUGGCAACUCUGCGAUUCGUUCGAUCAGGACCAACGCUGAUGAAGAAGGCUUAA